AUGCUUCAGCUGCACUUGAAUCAUGACAUGACUCUGACAGAGUUUAAGUUCAUCUUCUACAUGGAGUGGGGUCACCGCAUGUGGGGCUGGUUGGUUGGAUUAGCAUACAUUUUUCCUACAGUAUAUUUCUGGAAAAGAGGCUACUUCAGCCACUCCAUGAAGGCUCGUGUUCUGGGCCUGUGUGGCUUUGUCGUCUUCCAGGGUCUUCUUGGAUGGUACAUGGUGAAGAGUGGUCUGGAGGAGAAACCCGAAUCACACGACAUUCCCCGUGUCAGUCAGUACAGGCUGGCGGCUCAUCUGGGCUCCGCUCUGCUGCUGUACUGCUCCAGUCUCUGGACGGGACUCACUCUCAUGCUGCCUGCCAACAAGAUUCCCGACAGCAGGAAUUUGCUGCAGUUAAGGAGGUUUGCCAAGGUUACAGGCGGCCUGGUCUUCCUCACGGCUCUCUCAGGUGCUUUUGUCGCUGGACUGGAUGCGGGUUUGGUUUAUAACUCCUUCCCAAAGAUGGGCGAGCACUGGAUCCCUGAUGAUCUUCUGGCUUUUUCCCCAGCCAUCAAGAAUGUGUUUGAAAAUCCCACCAUGGUUUAGUUUGACCAUCGUAUUCUGGGCAUCGCCUCACUGUCAGCCAUCACAGGACUCUACCUGUUCUCCAGACGAGUCCAUCUGCCCAGACGGGUGAAGAUCGCGAUCGGCUGUCUCACAGCCAUGGCCUAUACACAAGUGGCUCUGGGUAUUAGCACCCUGCUGCUCUAUGUUCCCACGCCGCUGGCAGCCACACAUCAGUCCGGAUCAGUGGCACUACUCACCUUCGCCAUCUGGGUCUUGGCUGAGCUGCGAAAAGUGGUCAAGUAG